UGUGUACGCCGGAAGUGGCGCGGCGUACCCGGAAGUGCGCGCAAGGAGAACCCGGAAGCGCCAUGGGAUGCGAUGGCGGCACCAUCCCCAAGCGGCAUGAGCUGGUCAAGGGGCCCAGAAAAGUCGAGAAGGUUGACAAAGUUGCUGAAUUGGUGGCCAGGUGGUUCUACUGUGCCCUGAGCCAGGAGAAGCUACGUCGGCCCAUCGUGGCCUGUGAGCUGGGCAGGUUGUACAACAAAGAUGCCAUCAUUGAAUAUUUGUUGGACAAAUCCCCUGAUAAAACCCCCAUGGAAUCUGCAUCUCAUAUCAAGAGCAUUAAGAAUGUGACAGAGCUGCAGCUGGUGGAUAACCCAGCCUGGGGUGGGGACAAGGAGAGCAUCAAGGGGGACAAGUAUGAUGACCUGCAGUGUGCACGCUUCAUCUGCCCCGUGGUGGGGCUGGAAAUGAACGGCAGGCACAGGUUUUGCUUCCUGAGAAACUGUGGCUGUGUGUUCUCUGAGCGUGCUCUCAAAGAAAUUAAAGCAGAAGUUUGUCACAAGUGUGGUGUUGCCUUUCAAGAGGAAGAUGUGAUUGUCCUUAAUGGUAAUAAAGAAGAUGUGGAAAUUCUGAAGAAAAGGAUGGAGGAAAGAAGACUUAAAAGUAAAUUAGAAAAGAAAUCAAAGAAAGGCAAGACAGCAGCAGCAGCUUCUCAGCAAGAUCCCUCUGCAGAUUCUCCAGGUCCUUCAAAAGCUAAGAAUGGAAAGGAUUGUGUUAAUUCCAGCUCUGGGGAAAACAGGCAGAUUAUCUUCACCAAAAGUUCAGAGAAUGGAAAUCCAUCAGUCCCAGGAAAAGUCAAUAAAGCUUCUUCCACCACCACCAAGAGAUCCAUUGCAGACAGCGAGGACAAGUCUGAGGCUUACAAAUCUAUUUUUACAACUCACAGCUCAGCAAAACGUUCCAAGGAGGAGUGUUCCAACUGGGUUACUCACACAGCUUACUAUUUCUGAAACAGUGAGGAGCCUCAGUGAGGCACCCAUGGCUCCUUUCCUCCCCGUGGCUCUCCCUGCCAGCUCUGAUCCAGAACUCCUGUGCUCAUCUGAUCCUGGCUGCAGUUCCUGUUUGUAAGUUGGUUAUAAACCUGUUCAUAGCUGGUGAAGCUGUGUCAGCUGCAGCUCCUGUUAAAUAAGAAGCAGACCAGCAGAAUCCAUGUUGCAGCAGUAGAUUUCAUGCAGAAAUGUUGGAAUUUUUGCACAAAAAUUCUCCUUUUCACCUCCCAGUUGGAUGUUGUCAUCCUCAGUCACAAUGUCCUCAGGAGGAGGAGGAGGGAGGGAGAAGUUCCUGCUUUCCUCAUCUGUUGAUUUGUGCCACCACUGAAAUUAGUUUUCAGUGUAUUACCACAGAAUUCAAACCCUCUGUAACUUUCUGACAGCAAAAAGAGAAAGAAUGCCUUUUUUUUUUUGUCAAGCAAACUGGGCCCUCAGUAGAACUGUGCAUUUCUAAAGGCUUCUGCAGGUAUUUUCAAAUCAUUUACCUUUUGACAGAGUAGAUGAGAGCACAGUUAAGAAAAUGUUUGUGCAACAUUCUUGUCCAUGUUGUUGUAUCCUUUUUUUAACAGCAGAGUAUUCCCUUUUUAAUGUUUGAAUCCCAUAAUACCCAAAUGGAAUGACCAGACGGAAGGCUGGAAGUUUUUCCCUUUCCUCUCUCCCUCUUUUAAAAUUGAAAUUUCCUUUUCUCAUCUUGGCACAAACUAACCAGAAUAGAAAUGCAGAAAGCAGGAGGCUUCUAAAACCACUGCAUGAUGUUACCUUGUUACCUUUGUGUGUGAAAAUUAUGAAUUAUCCUUGUAAUUUCUUUUUAAAAGUGUCCCCAUUUAUAAUUGGCAGUAGUUACCUGGAGAUUCAAAUGCUGUGUUGAUAUUUGCAUAGGUGGUCUCUGUGAUUCAAACAACUUGAAUGAAACUGCUGGGAUUUUAUUAUUAUUUUGAUAGGUAUAAUUAAAAAUUGGCUUGCUGUAGAAUUUA